GGAAGAGAAAAGAUAGAAAAUAGCAAAGAGGAAGUCCCAUGCCCCAUGUUUUACUCUGAUAUUCCCAAAGCCGAUCCUCCUCCCUCUUCAGAUUCUUGUUGACUCUCUCUCUCUCUCUCUCUCUCUCUCUCUCCCCGCAAUAAUUCAAGAACCCAACCCUAGAUACACCUCACCCAAUUUGCUUUCCGAUUGACCACCUCAAUUCCGGCCUCAACCAUGAAGGCACCGACCUGGCCGUGGACUCUCUCUGCAUCUCUGACUGUAACCUUAACUUUAACCAUUGUUUCCUUAGCCUAUGGCAACUCAGAAGGAGAUGCUCUUUACACCCUCAGAAAGAGCUUGUCGGAUCCGGAUAAUGUUCUGCAGAGCUGGGAUCCGACCCUUGUCAACCCCUGUACUUGGUUUCAUGUCACCUGCAACCAGGAUAAUCGCGUUACUCGAGUGGACUUGGGGAACUCAAACUUGUCUGGACACCUAGUACCUGAACUUGGGAAGCUAGAACACCUGCAAUAUCUGGAACUCUAUAAAAACAAUAUUCAAGGAAGCAUCCCUGGUGAGCUUGGUAACUUGAAGAGCCUAAUCAGCUUGGAUUUGUACAACAACAACAUCUCAGGGACCAUUCCUUCUUCUUUGGGGAAAUUAAAGUCCCUAGUCUUUUUACGUCUUAAUGACAACCGGCUAACUGGACCAAUCCCUAGGGAACUCGUUGGUGUUUCAAGCCUCAAAGUUGUUGAUGUCUCAAACAACGAUUUAUGUGGAACAAUUCCCACCAGUGGACCAUUUGAGCGUAUACCUUUGAACAACUUUGAGAAUAAUCCGCGACUAGAAGGUCCAGAGUUGCUGGGUCUUGCGAGUUAUGACACGAAUUGUUCAUGAAGAGAUGAAGUAGCUGAAAACUGCCCAACUUGCCUAAAACCACAUGUACUUCAACAGUUGAAAGUGAAUUUACCUGCUGAUAGUGUAAUGGGAUUGGUUAAAUAUAAUCCCUGAUAUAAAGUAUUUGUAAAUUGUUUGAGACUUCUUUCUUAAUGCUUUUAGCAUCUGUGCUCUAAAAUUGAAGACAUGAAUUUGUAUUAAUGUAAUGGUAGUGAAGGGUAAGGGUUUACUUAA